AACGGAAACAGCCAAAACAAAAAAAAAAAAAAACAAAACAGUGAAUAAUAAUUAUUUUUUGGCUUGGCGGCUUGACUCCUUUUGCUCCUUUUGCAAAAGUAAUUUGCAGUUAAUUGUAAUUUGUUAAUCCUACGAUACCCUGUCGGGCACAUCUGAUUUCAGGUCAAGGAAAGUGGGAAAUAAUAUUCAACUAAUUCAUGAGUUCGUUCGUGCAAGUUUCUCAGCGGUUGAAAUCGUUGCUCGAGCGAGUAAUCCGUGAUCCACAGCUGACGGAUAUUGAACAAUUGAACGGAUGUCUGACGCAAAUCGAUGGCGAGAGUCUCCAGAUCCUGCAGAACGUCAUCCUCCAGCAGGUGGCCAUGCUGCUGGACAGCGUUCCAUGGCGCAACCGGAACGAGCUGAAGACCAACCUGAUGGAGUGUUUGUGUACUAUUUUGGCCAGGACCAAGCUGCGCCAAGCCGUGGCGAUGAAGACCAUGUUGGUAGUGAUGCUGAGGCAGCUGUACGACACACGGACUGGUCAGCUGGUUGAGGGUCUCUCGGAGGAAUUCAAAAUGGUUACGCUACGUGGGUUAACCCUGGCGAGCAUGAAUGUCCAGCCGGAUUUGGUGGAGGAGGUGUACGUCAGGGACAACCUAAGCCUGCUGUCGCAGGUGUUGUUUGUCUGUGUGAGCGUUAUAUCCGGCGAACAGUUCCGAAAGUUGCGGGUUCAAGCGGUGGAAUGUAUUAUGGCCACAUUGCAGAUUCACGAUCAGUUUGACUUCUCGGACAAGGUGUUGCGAUGUCAGGUGGCGGAGCUGCUUUUUAUAGUGCUACCGAAAUUGCUGGUGGCGUUGGUAUCGGUUGUAAAUGGCGACGAAAAGCAGGGGAAGAUCCUUACCAGAACGGGGAUUAAGGCUCUGGGGCGAGUGCUUGGUUUGAUAUUCGAGGAUUAUGAUGGUCGUGUUGAGGAAGAAGAUAUCCAAACGGAGAUGUUUGUUAAGCUUUCGAAGGAGAUGAAUAACUUUGGCGAAAGCGGUAAAAAUGUUUUAGGAAUGGGCCUGAGAGAUUCCAAGGCCCGACAGGAUUACUUCAGCAAUACUUGUCGAAGCAGGGAAUGGCUACUGGAGGCGGAAAAGAAGGUUAAUCAAGUCUUGAAUACAAUUGGUCAUUUAAGAGGAGCAGAAGAAGACACGAUACGGCUUGAAUUUGCUCGGAUGAAUGCUGCAUUAUUGGAGAAAUGUGUUCCUAAUAUGCCAACAUGCUCAGUGUUUUUCUUGGAAUCCCUUCUUGCGCUUUCUCAAGAUGAAUCAAACAAUAUUAGUUCUAUUUGCCAGAAAGCUCUCACGGCAUAUCCCAAUUCGAGUGUUUGCUUCGGCAGCUCCCGAUUGGACGAGCUAUUUUAUGAAUCCCUCAAAACCAUCCCUAGGUGCAUCUAUAGAGGUGAAGAAUCAGAUCAGAUCGCCCGGUUUCGAUUGUUGAAUGGCUACUUCAACUUCAUGACGGAUGCCCAGUUGAACACCAUUAUUUCGAACCAGGAAAUUGUCAAUCAAAUUGUCAUGAUUUUGGUGGCGGGCGCUGAAUUGGAUCAACCCGAGGAACUCGUUCGACGAGAGUACGUUUCGUAUCGAUUCGAAUACGUUCAGCCGGAAUCCAAACUGGACAAGGAGAAGAGAGAGUCCCGAUGGAUAGUGUUGCGUAACUUUCAUGGAUCAGAUCGUUGCCGAAACAGUUUUUUAGAAAUCCUAUACAGUCUGCAAAAUCGACCGGAAACAUUGUCAACCAUACUGAGUUAUAUUCUCGAAGACCUGUUUACCUCCAAACUGAACAUCAACGGCUAUCUUUUUCUAUUAUCGGAAUUGAUUCCCUCAGAAAUCGACCAUCCGUCAUUACGGUCUCUGUUCGGCAGCGUUUUCGCCGAAAUUCUUCAGGACUACCACUGGCAGGUCGAUCUGGAAGAGUCAACCCAAAUAAGCGACCUGAAGUUCAACAUUUUACACAUUUGUCUGUCCUUGCGACUGAUCGCCCGCUUCUGUCGGUUAUUUCGCGGCGAUUUUCGUUGGCAACUGUAUGACGUCCUGAGGCACAUUCUACCCCUCUCGGGAAGUAAUCUAAACUGCGUCAACGAGGCAGCGGAAAUCACCCUAGACGCGAUUGCCACUUCUCUACAGCUGCCCUCCAUCCAGGAACUUAUCUUUCAGAACCUGGACUACGUUUCGCAGCACAUAACUCGCUGUCUGAAGCGAACCGUUACCUUCGCAGAGGGGGUUCAAAUGCUGGAAUCGGUUCUACGUUUCGUUCCGUACGAAUCGUCCGCCGUGCUCGAGUCCACCAUCAGCCCCAUCGUGAUGGCCAUUCUGGAAGGGCACGACCAGCGAAUGGGGACGGGACGCAUACUGUGCCUGCGGGUGUUGCAAAUCUUCGUCCGGGCUAUUCGGUACCGCUAUCGAACAGAGGCUCAUCCGCAGAACGAUGAAAGUGACAUGGAAUCUAAGCUGCGUGAAAAAAUGGAACAACUGAAGACGGAUUUAGAUAACAAACUGCCCAGUAAAGAAGCAAAGAUUGAUGAAGUUUUAGACCCCGUGGAAGAUGAUUCCGUGGCACCAGAUGAGGAUGAAGACGUACCCCUGGAACACGAGGGACCAUAUCAAAGCGAGGAGGACAAAUUGCCGCCGCAUAUCCGUAUAACGGUUAAAAUUCUGACGGUGAACUUUAAAUACCUGUCGUCGGGUGUUCCUGAGGAAAGAAUCAUCGCGUUGGGGACAUUAAAUGAGGGCAUUUUUCUGUUGAGCGAGCACGAAAACCAGCUGCUUCCGUUAGUGCAUCAGAUUUGGUUCAACUUUGCGGAACGAUUCGCGGAUCCCAGUCCGGUGGUGAUGAGCUGUGCGUUCGACUUGCUGAUCAGUUUGGGUCAACUAGCCAAGGACUUCAUUCGGAAGAGGACGCUGGAUGACGUUCUUCCGCGGCUGAAUGAAUUUAUGCGUGCCAAUGUCGGUGCCGAUUUCAGUGCCUUGCAAACGUAUAAACUGCAGCGGAAAAUCUUAGCUCACGCUCCGACGUUGGUCAGCUCGUUGAAGUUGAACGAACGCCAGCUGGAUCAGGUGUUGAAUGUGGGUAAGCUCUACUUGACUAAAUCACCUCGGCGGGAGUUGCAACAGUUGGCUCGGGAGUUUUUCGACCAGUUGGCACUGUACGAUCCGGGUGCCGUCUUUGUAAAGCUGAACGGGUGUGGGUUGGAUAAAUAAAAUGUUUAUCGGGAAAGA